UGAUGGGUUAACUUUGGCUUGUUUUACAGAAUGAGCCUCUCAGUCCUUGCUGCUGUGGACCAGAUACGCGCCGCAGUACCUUGUGCACUGCUUUCAUUUUCGAUGAUCCCAUUCGCAACUGUGUCGCUUGGCAUCGGAGCUGCCUCGUGGAUAAUGCCGAGGAGAACCAUUCAGACUUUAGACAAUGCGCUGUAUGGCGCUUAUUUACGUUUGUGUCUAUUCGUCUUCGAGAAUCUUUCUGGAGUUCAGAUAAAACUGUAUGGCGACAUAAAGCAGCUGAAAGAGAAACCCGAGACAGCGAUAGUACUUUCGAACCAUCAGAGUGAUGUAGACUGGGCGGUAAUAGUGAUGCUAGCCGACCGCCAUGGACUUCGAGGCAACGAAGCGGGACUACGCAUCAUAGUCAAGCAUGUAAUUCAUUACGUGCCCCUUUUCGGGUGGUAUAUAUUCCAGCACGGCUACAUUUAUGUGCGACGUUUUGGUGAAUUUCUCAGCGGUCCCGUUCUAAAGCAACUAGCUUGGCUCGACUCAAUAGAUGAGAAGUAUUGGCUUCUUGUCUUCCCUGAAGGGACAAGGUUCUCUUACAAAAAGCAGGAUAAUAUUCGGGCUAGUGUGGAGUUCUGUACUAGAAAGGGAAUUCCACCAUUCCAAAAUGUUCUCACCCCACGAGUUGGUGGUACGUUCAUGGCACUGGAAAACCUUGAAACACUCGAUGCCGUCUAUGAUGUAACAAUUGGUUACGGUCAGACGAGGUUACCAAAUCGACGCGGCCUUGCACCGAAUAUGUUCGAGUUCUGUUGCGGUUCACCGGUAGCAAAAACAGUCAGCAUACAUGUGAAAAGAUACUCAGCAGAAGAACUGCAAAAGAAACCUAGAAAAGAGCUGCAAGAUUGGAUACUGGCAACUUUUGCUGAAAAAGACAGACUGAUGGAAACAUACCAACAAACUGGCGAAUUUCCCGAUCCUGUAUCGAUGAAUGAGCCAUCUGUUUCACUGCUUCGCACCCUUCCACCAACCCUCUUUUUCACUGCCGCUCUAGUGGCUCCCUUCUUUUCGCGAACCUGAUGACUCGUUGAACGUUCUGCUAUCGCACUAAUGAAGAAUAAUUCCGGGAACUUUCCUCAAGGUAAGAAAAUCAUCAAUCGACCAGUAGUAAAAGCUAUUUUUUA